AUAGUAUUUUUAAAAUUUUAAAACACAUUUAUUUUAUGAAAUCCCCUCUCUAAUUUAUCAAAAUAAAAAAGCAUAAAUACAAUAAUUAUAUACUCCAAGAGACUAUAAUUUAAGAGUUGAAUUUAUUCUGGUUCCAAAAAUCCCAAAAGAAAAAAAAAAAUUGAGGAAAAACCACUAAAAAUGAAGGCUUCUUCUCUGGUUUCUUUUUUGUUCUUUUAUUCUUUUUCCUUCUAAGAAAUUAGAGGUUUAUAUCCAUUAAUUGCACAUGUUAGAAUAUUAGUGAAUUCUCAGAGGAUUGGACACUAAAUCCACGAUUUACAUACCAAAACUAGUUACCGGAAGUCUCAAUAAAGGAAAAAGAAACAGAACGAGCAAUAAAAGCUCAUUGUCUCUUUGGAAACGCUCACGCGCUCUCUCACACUGUUAUUUGAAAUCCAAAAGUUCUUUUCAUUUUUGUUUUUGGCUCUAUAAAUUUUGGGGGCUUUCCCUUUUUAAUCCUCGUUUUCCCGCUUUGUGGGCAAUGGAGUCGACAACAACAACAGCAACAACAGCAACAGGAGCAGCAGAUUUGGAAGACGACGAGUGGGAGCUCUGCAACGACGAUGGCUUCGUCUACAAACGCAGAAAGAGACGCCGUGUCGACCCAGUAGAUGAGUCAGCCUCGGCUCCCAUCUCGGAUCCCAAAGCAGAAGAGAGACAGCGGAGAGAGCGUAAGAAGAAUACCCUUUUAAAGCUCAAGGAGCGAUACCAGAGGGAAAUCGACCAGUGGGAGCAUUUAUCGAAUACCUUGCGUGCAAUGGAGGAGAGCACUCGUCAGCUCCAACAACAACGAGACCAAACGGUGCCUUCGGGCUCUUCGCCUUUGCCGGAGGUUCAGAGCACACAAUCCCUUGUGGUGGACGACCUUCUCUUGCAGGCAGAAGCCCAGGAAGCAAUGAUAAAAGAAGUUUCGAGUCUCUGUGACAUAGCAGAAGCAAUGUGCAAUGCAGAAGAAGAACAGUUAAAUCAAUCCUUAAUCGAUCUUCCAAUAUGGGCUUCACCAACUGAGCUUAUGGCGUCGCUUUGUGAUGAGUGAGUUUACUCAUGGUGACUCUUAACUUAGCUUCUGUAUGAAAGAUUUAAAAACAGGUCUUCCACCACUAUCACUGAGCUUUAACCAGGAAAACCAAUGGUACUGGUCUUCAAUGGUGCUGCUCCAGAAGACCUUGCUGUAAUUUCUUCUUGAUGUAGAAUUUUAUUUGUUUAGAAGAAAGUGAAGAUAUUGUUAGAUUUGGUUGGUUUGUUUUUAUUUAUUUUUUAUUUUGUUCAAAAAUCAUGUAAUUUAUUAGGAGGUUUGUAAUUAAUCUAACCAUCGUUUGAAUGGACAGAAGAAGAACACCUACCAUGACAAUGAGAAAAUUGUGGGCUCAAGUGGAACAGAUCACUCUUUCUGUUUAAGUCUA